CACCAGCACCAUGGCCGAAUAUUCCUAUGUGAAGUCCACCAAACUCGUGCUCAAGGGAACCAAGGCUAAGAGUAAGAAGAAGAGCAAAGAUAAAAAAAGAAAAAGAGAAGAAGAUGAAGAAACCCAACUUGAUAUUGUUGGAAUAUGGUGGACAGUAACAAACUUUGGUGAAAUUUCAGGAACCAUAGCCAUUGAAAUGGAUAAAGGUACCUAUAUACAUGCACUUGACAAUGGUCUUUUUACACUGGGCGCUCCGCAUAAAGAAGUGGAUGAGGGCCCUAGUCCUCCAGAGCAGUUUACAGCUGUCAAACUCUCUGAUUCCAGAAUUGCCCUGAAAUCUGGCUAUGGAAAAUACCUUGGUAUAAAUUCGGAUGGACUCGUUGUUGGGCGUUCAGAUGCAAUUGGACCAAGAGAACAGUGGGAGCCGGUCUUCCAAGAUGGGAAAAUGGCUUUACUGGCUGCAAAUAGCUGCUUUAUUAGAUGCAAUGAAGCAGGCGAUAUAGAAGCAAAAAGUAAAACAGCAGGAGAGGAAGAAAUGAUAAAGAUUAGGUCCUGUGCUGAAAGAGAAACCAAGAAAAAAGAUGACAUUCCAGAAGAAGACAAAGGAAAUAUCAAGCAAUGUGAAAUCAAUUAUGUGAAGAAAUUUCAGAGCUUCCAAGACCACAAACUUAAAAUAAGUAAAGAAGACAAUAAAAUUCUUAAAAAGGCUCGGAAAGAUGGAUUUUUGCAUGAGACACUUCUGGACAGGAGAGCCAAAUUGAAAGCUGACAGAUACUGCAAAUGACCAAGAUUUUUGUUUCUGUCUUACCCUGUUUUUUUUUUUUUUUCUGAAUAAAAUAUUGAGUGGAAGUUCUUUUACAGA